AUGGCCAUCGCAGCCCCCAUCGAUUCGAACCGCAUCCGACCUGGUCAAUACUCGAGACAGCACUCUGACGUCGACAUUGGCAAGGAAAAUGAACCACUCUCGCCUCGAGGACGGCAGCAAUACGAUGCCGCAAAGUUGGCAGGAUCCGCCUCCGCUGCAGCACAGCCGAUCGUCAUAGAUGCCAAGUAUCGUCUUCGAGGCAACUCUCCGGAAGACACGGACAGAGCUUCUCGAUCCAAGCUCAGCUCGUCUUUCAGUCCGAAGAAGGGUCUACGUAGUCGCAGUCGCAGUCGUAGCAGACUGUUCGGCAAGGACAAGACCGAUACACUCAACUCUCAAGCUUCCUCCCGUGGAGCUCAGCAAUAUGCUGCUACACGUACACCUGAGCAGAUCGAUGCCGACUUUCUCGAUCUCCUCGACGAACUUCAGGUGCAGCCAGAGAUGCGACAAAGGCUUCUCGGCCUCAACUCUACCGUCAAGGCCAACAUGCUCCAGGGUCAAGCUUCGCUGAGUCUGGCAGCGUUCGGCAUCAACGACGCUUCUUCUUCCGCGAUGUCCUCUUCACCUACAAAGUCGACUCGCAUGCCCAUCCCGGAUCUCUUGAAGGGACGAUCUGCAAGCCGUCCGAACUCGACCGUCUACACAAGCUCUCCCUUGCUCGAUCAACCUUCCACUUUGAACAACUCGAACGACUCUGCCGAGCUGAUGGCGCCCCCCAACACAGCCCAGCUGUUUGGAAUCGGGCCCCCUCGACAGGUUUCUUCCAGUUCGGUCGAUUCUGGCUCCUCGAGCUCCGGUGGUCACGCUAAACAGCCUUCCAACACAUCCCGAAGUGCCAUCCGCGAUGCCUUCAAGAGGUCUACUCCCAACCUUGGUCCGGGAGGUUCGCUCAUCUCUCUCGCUGCUUCGUCCGCUGGCGGUAUCGGCAGUGCUGCGUCGACUGCUCGGCCUCGAUCCAUGUCGUUUGGCAAAGAGUUCGCCGCUUCCUUCGGCAAGGAAACGCCGGAGAGCUUUGCCACCAUGUUGAAGUGCACAGAUGCGAGCAGGAUCGACGUAGCGCGCGUCAAGAGGAUGCGCGCUGUCUUGGCGGCAGAAUCGCCAGCUUGGAUUACGACCUUCAUCGCGCCGGAGUGCGGUGGGUAUGAUGCCAUGUUGACACGGCUCGAUGAGCUGCUGGCGAUGGAGUGGAGGGAGGAGCAGCACGACGAUAUGCUGCUUCACGAGCUGCUCCGUUGCUUUGUAGCGCUGAGCACCACCGAGGUGGGCAGGAAUGCUCUGGCUUCGCAGGCGCCUCGACCGUUCCGUCAGCUCGUGGACCUGUUGUUCUCGGAGAAGAAGCCGGGAGAUCUCGGUACGAGGAAGCUCAUGGUAGAGAUGCUGGUCGUCUUGUUGGACCUUCAACUCCCCGCUGAGCAGGCUCACUCUCAGUCUUCGCUCAACUACCUCCUCGAUCUCCUGCAGAAUCCCUCCGAUCCGGCGAAAGAUUCCGUGGUGGAUUUCAUCAGGCAGACGCACGCACCACGACCGUUCAAGACGUACGUGGUGGAGGUGUCGUGUGUCUGCAGAGACUACUUUUGGAUCUUUUGUCAUUCUCAAAACUUUUAUUGGAGGUUUGAAGAGUUGAUCGGGGAUAAGAUGGAUUUGAUCAGGGGACCGAAGGUGCCAGGAGGCAUGACGGGGGGCGUGGAGUUUGAGGCGAUGGCGUACCUGACGGUGCAUUUGAAGUUGAUCAAUGCGAUCGCGGGUGUGUUGGGGAGGGUGAAGGAGCAUCAGUUGCCGAGACCGGUGAUGACGGCCGGCGAGUUCCAUGCGGGUCUAUUCAUGAGCGGUUUGGAGAGGGUGUUGGUGACGUUGAGGAAGAGUUCUCAGCAUUACUAUGCCGGGCUGCAUCUCGAGUUGGCGAGGUACAUCUGGUUGGCGAGACAGGCUGGAUUUGAGCUGCCGUGCAGCUUGACGGAUUGGCUGGAGAGGAGGAAGGUGGAGACUGCGCCGUUGUUGCCGCCUUUGCAGUUGCCACAGUUGAGCGCGACGAGGAUGACCGAGGCACCGGCACCUGCUAUCUCAGGUGCUGACGGAGGGUACGGUAUGGCUGGAGCGUUCAUCAACACCCCGAUUCGUGGUUCUUCCCAUCCGGAUGCAGUGCGAUCUCCAACUAUCGCACGAAGCAACGCUUCUCGCUCACCCACCAAAUCCCCCCGCCAACCCCAUCAAGCCGAGACCGACGAUUGGGACUUUUCCACAGCCCCUCUUUCCCCUCCAGCUGCGACGAGACAAGUAGAAACCGUUCCCUUUUCAGACUCGCAAUUCUCCCUCUUCUCCACCCCAAACCCGCCGGAAGUAGGCAUGCCAACUUCCUCAACCUCGAAACGCAUCCUCGGCUUGAACGAAGCCGUCUCUCAAGACCUCACCAUCCACCGUCAGCCCAAGACCGGAGGCGAAAGAAAGCCAACAGCAGCAGCAGCAGCAGCAACAGCAGCAGCAUUGGCCGUUCCACAGCUACACGCCAGUGGUCGAGACUCGGUCGUAGGCUCAGCUGUCAAAAAAUGGGAGAGCAUGAGCGUCUCGCAUCAACCUGCUUCCCCGAGCAAAGCCGCUGCUCGCCGAGGCUGA